CUUCUGUUGCCACAUGGAAACUAUUAACCAUUUACAAUGUAGGAAAAUACUUUCAUUCAUUGCAGAAAAGCUGAAGGAACAGAUUUUACAUUGUAGGCCUACAUGCUUUCGGCAUCAUAGUGCUAGAGACGAUUUUUGAGAACGCAGCAGGGGAUCUCGGCCACAUCAUACAGGCAAUCGCGAAAAUAGUUGACGCCGUAAUAUGUCCCUUCUCUCUUUCCUUCCAUUAGCUAGCCAGUGUUUUGGCUAAAUGUAAAGUGGUCCAACCAGAGAAAAGUUCCAGUGAUUGCAUCGUUUGAAUUUCUUUCAGACAGUUCGUGUGAGCUGGUCUACAAGAACAUUAGGAAACACGCAGGUGUGAGACCAUGGUGGUGAAUCUCUGCCUACCACAUUUCAAGACCACCAUCCAGUGUGACAAGCUAUGUGCAGAUGGGUACGACGUCACCAACCUCCUAUCGGCCGACCCAGCAGUCCGGAGGCGGGGUUUUAAGCUGGAGUACUUCCUGCGGCCGCCUGUUCAGGUGACACUGCAGUUUGGCUUCCAGGUGGAAGUGUGUCGGGUGGAUGUGGAGCUGUGGCCCUGGGGCAUGGACCGAGGACAGGCCUGCAAGAGGCUGGAGAUCAGCACCAGCUCUGACCCCCCACUCCCCCACAAUCACAGCUUAGAGCAGGGCCAAACCCAGGCCCAGCAAGGCCAAGAGAAGGGCCAGCAAUGGGACCAAGCUAAGGCCCAGUUCAAAGGCCACCAAUGGAGCCUCCAGGCCCAACAAUAUAGUCUACAAGGCCAGGAGAAGAGCCAGCAAUGGACCCAACGUGGCCAAACGCACAGCCACACAGACACCAGCCAGGGGGCUUUUCACCUGGUCGGACGCUGUGAACUAACAGAAGAGACCCACGUCAGUUUCUCCCAUCCCUGUUUCCGCCCGCGCCCUCCCUUCUCCUCCCUGCCCCCGGCACCCCGUGAGGGGUGUAGACAAGAGGAGCUGUGGAGCAGGGGCCCGCUCUCACUAGGCUCUGUGAAGCAGCUCCGUGUGACAGUGCCGUACGGUGCGGGUGCCUCCGCGAUGGGGCUCAAGGCACUGGCAGUGUGGGGGCUGCCUUCUCGCUGCUGCCCUCCGGACGAGGUGGAGAGAGUGAGGAUAACUCAUGAGAACGCUAGCCUGAGACCAGUGCCACGGCUCAGCCACUUGGCAUCAGCUCAGCCUUCACCUGUCAAUCAACCCCCGGGACUGUCACAGACGACAACAGCAACUAGCCUCCUGCAAGUACCUGAGGAGUUCCUGGACCCGCUGACCCAGGAAGUGAUGUUGUUGCCCAUGCUGCUGCCCAGUGGAGUGUCUGUGGACAGCUCUACUCUGGAGGAGUACCAGAGGAGGGAGGCUACCUGGGGUCGUGUCCCCAACGACCCCUUCACCGGUGUCCCCUUCGUCCCUGAGUCACAGGCCCUCCCCAACCCCCACCUGAAGAGCCGCAUCGACCGCUUCUUGCUCCAGACAGGGUUAGAGGUCAGGGAUGGAGCGGUUGGGAGGCAGGGCCAUGGGGAGAGUCCACAGCCCUCCAGACUCAUACCUCCACAGAGGACUGGAGAGAGUAGGGACUCCGCUGUUACCACUGCUGCUGCUGUAGAGUCAGCCAACCACCACCGAAACAGUGGGACUCGCACACAGACUAACCAAAAAGGGGCAGAAAGUGUUAUUACACAGAGGAGCCAGCUUACGCAGUACAGGGGGACUGGGACUUUUAACAACAGGGCGAAGAAUGGGAAUGGGAAGGAUCGGUGCGCUGGUAAAGUUGGCCCUAAAGAAGGGGCAUUGGAUAGAGUGAGUUCCCAGGAGGGAGGGCCAGACUUGGGGACAAGGAGAAAGAGAGAGCUUGAGGUUUGGGCCACUCUGAUCCGUUCUAAGGGAAAGGGUGAGCCCACCGGACCCAAAGCAGCCUCUGCUAGUGCUGGUCACUCCAAGGAGCUACUUCCUGACUUGAAAAGACCAAGAACAGAUGCAAACCCCACUAUCUCCUCAGCCACAGUUCCUAGCAGUAGCUCCCAUGAACAGCGCUUGUCUGCCAGUCUAGACUAUGAACAGCGUUUGUCUACCAGUCUAGACCAAGAACAGCGUUUGUCUGCCAGUCUAGACCAGGCCCUUCUCUCAGCCCUGCAGGGUCGACCCUCCUUUACCUCCUACCCCUCCCAAACCCCCCAGCUCCAGCACAAACACACAGACACACCUGCUGACACCCCAACAGCUUUUCCUAUUUCUCUCUUUCCCCCUCUUCUCUCCCCACUUCCCUUUCUCUCUCUCCCAGGUGAGAACAGGUGUGGUUCCUGUUCCUGCUCUCUAUCAGUCUACUCGACCUCUCCAUCAGCAUAUCGCCUGCCCUGUGGUCACUUCCUGUGCCGCCCCUGCCUACACAGGAAGUCCCGCCCACUUGUCACUACAGCAAUGCCCAAUCACAUCCUCUGUCCCACCUGCCAUAGCCCUGCCGCUUCUAGUGACAUCACACACGUGCAUCACUGAAUGGAAAGAUUUGUGUCGCAUUAACCACUGAACAGGCUAUGGCGGCAGGUAACCUAGCAGUUAAGAGUGUUGGGCCAGUAACUGAAAGGUUGCUGGUUCAAAUCCCUGAGUCGACUAGGUGAAAAAUCUGUCUGUACCCUUGAGCAAGGCACUUAAACCUAAUUGCUUCUGUAAGUUGCUCUGGAUAAGAGCGUCGGCUAAAUGACUAAAAUGUAAACGAACUGAACAACCCUACUGCAGCUCACUGAAAAUGUGUGUGCUCUUAACCACCAAUGGAUACGCAGUCACCCACUCACUCUGCCUGUGCUCUUCACUGCACAUGUGAGCAGCAGAAUAGUGGUGGACAUUGGAGGAAACAGAUUACAAUGGGACUCUUUAUUGUCCAUUGGGCCUUGAUGAACAAUGACUUAAAAUCCCUCCCUGCUUCUCUACCCCUGUCCCCAACAGAACUCAUUAAAACGUUUACAGACAUCUUCUGAAA